AUGUAUCGUGUGAGCAGGGAUUCGAGUUGUUUCAGUAACGAUGAUCCUGCCGAUGUAAAUCCCAGGUUUUCCGGCGCUCUGGAACUAUUCGGUACGAGUGAUGCCAUCAAUCGAGCCAACGUCAUUUUCAGAGAUCGCUGUGUGGCCGGGAGCUGUGUUCAUGCUCAUAUUCGUUCUGCUUCUUGUGAAUAACAAAGUGAACAUCGAGAAGCAGAAACACAUCCGUCGGAGGUUCCAGAUCGUACGGCCAUCAAGAUUCCCUCCGAAAUAUGUUCCUUCUUUCAGAGUCACAUUCGGAAAUGGCACAUGCAUUCUCAGAUGGUAGACGCACUGAAACGGCUGCAAAAAGAAGAGAUCUACCGGAGAAUCAGCAAUGAGGAGAACUUCGAACAUAGAAGAAAUUUGGAGACGGUAGUUGAAUACAUAAAGGAAGUGGUCAAAGCGAUGAAGAUUGCCAAUGCGAAAAAAACGAGGAGACAAGCGAAGAAAGCGGCGGAGACAAGGCGCCAGUACAAACGGAUUGCGAAGUACCUGGGAGGCCUGCAAACGGGCGGAGUCUUCGGGCGGGAAGACGCCGGAAAUGUGAUGUGGAGUGCGACGGAUCGGGCGAUCAACCACCUGAUGUUCAUCAAAACGAGCAGGGUCCGGAAGCCGCACAGGCCCGAACCUGUUGCCGAUUUGAACUACUUGUACCGAUGA